AGGAAGCAGAGGCCUAGAAAAAUGGCGAAAUUGUGAACUCAUGUCUUCAUAACAUAGAGGCUAAAAUACGUAAAGUAAGGCUUCCCCUCCUUAUUAUACAUAGAUUUUGGUUGGACGUAACAGUCAAAUAACCACCAUGGCAACAGAAACCACGCCCGUUUCAAAUGUUGCCUUUAUGACAAGCAAGGACCGGGAAAUGUUUCCCAUUAAGAUGGCGCAGGACAGAUUUGGCAAUGAAUUGUGUCCUUUGAGGGGAGCGCCACAUCGAGGUCCUGGCUGUUAUGAAAAUGAAGAUAAAACCAACUUCUUGUAUCAAGUUGACAACAAGCUGGUCAGCAGCAAAGGAUACACCAUGGGGGCUCGAACUGGACCAAGAUUUGCUCGAGAAAAUAAGUUCAAGACACCUUGCCCGACUGAGUAUCAACAGCACUGCACUGAUCCCAUGACCUUUGAAACAUCAGAGAAACCUUUUGAGAUUGGCGCAGAGAGAUUUCCUGUGUUCAAGAGGGAUUUGGUGGAUGUCGUGCCCGGGGCAGGGACUUAUGAACAUGAAAUUCCCCGCAACAGGAAAGUCCAGUGGCACCAGUCGUUUGGAGGGUCCCCCAUCUUACUUCCAAGUAUUACCAUCAGAAGCACUAUCGAUAAGAACACAGAAAAGCUGUACAGCACAAAGGAAGAGAGGAAGUAUCAUCGGAAACUGGCCUAUUUGAAACUGUACUAUUGACGGGAGUGUGCAACUCUGUGCGCAACGGGUUGUUUGUCAAGUUCUCCAUGUGCAUUCCUGGCUGGUGGAGUUUUACAUGCUCCUUCUUGUGACUUUUAUAUCUUCUCAUUAUCUCUGAUGUCCUCAGAGUUCUGGUAACAGAAGAAUUUCAUUUGUGAGACAUUGUUAUUUUCAAAGAAAUUGCAGAAAAGCAGAAGUCCAAAAUAUCUUCUGUUAUUAAAUUCUCUCUAUUGUUUUCAUUGUCUUUGACACUAAAAGAUGUUUUAACAGGUGUGUAUAAGAAGUGUACAACCCUAUAUGUUUGGAAUCUUAUCGAUAAUGUACAAAUUGUUUUUGUUUUCACUGCUUAAAUGCUGAGCUGAGAAUAAGGUGUCUAAAAUUGCUUUGGUGUAAGUGUGAGUGUGAUCACACUGAUGUAUAUCUUUGUGUUUGUGUGUGAAAGAGAGAAAGGGAGACAGAGAGACUGAGAGCGAGUGAUAGA